CGCCGUUUGCAUCUUCUACCUGGUGCUGCGCGCGCUGGACACAGUGGAGGACGACAUGAGCAUCCCUCUGGACAAGAAGGUGCCGAUGCUGAACGACUUCCACACCUACCUGUACCAGGAUGAGUGGUGCUUCACCGAGAGCCAGGAGAAAGACCGGCAGGUUCUGGAGGACUUCCCCACGAUAUCACUGGAGUUCAGGAACCUCGCUCAGGAAUACAGAGACGUCAUCUCGGAUAUCUGCCACCGUAUGGGGGUGGGAAUGGCCGAAUUCCUGGAGAAGAAAGUGGGAUCCAUGAAGGAGUGGGACCAGUACUGUCACUACGUGGCCGGUCUGGUGGGCAUCGGGCUGUCUCAGCUCUUCUCUGCGUCCCAGCUGGAGGAUCCUGAAGUCGGGCGCGACACCGAGCUGGCAAACUCCAUGGGCUUGUUCCUGCAGAAGACCAACAUCAUCCGAGAUUAUCUGGAGGACACACAGGAUGGACGUGUCUUCUGGCCGCGGGAGGCUUGGAGCCAGUUUGCGGGUCGCCUCGAGGACUUCGCCCAGCCCGAGAAGCUGGAGUCGGCUCUGUCCUGCCUCAACCUGCUGGUCACCGAUGCUCUGCGGCACGUCCCGGACGUCAUCGCCUACCUGUCCCGCCUGCGCAACCAGAGCGUCUUCAACUUCUGUGCCAUUCCACAGGUGAUGGCAAUAGCGACACUGUCGACGUGCUACAACAACCCCAUGGUGUUUCAGGGAGUGGUGAAGAUCAGGAAGGGACAAGCUGUCACCCUGAUGAUGGAAGCCACCAACAUGACAGCCGUGCAGACCAUCAUCACCCAGUACAGCCAGGAGAUUUUACAGAAGGUCUCGGUCAGCGACCCGUCGCGGGACAAGACCCUGCACAUCCUGGCCGUCAUCCAAGAGAAGUCGGCGCUGUCCCAGUCCAGCCUGGCCUCCAGGACCCACCACCGGUCUCCCAUGUACCUGUCUGCUGCCAUGCUGCUCGCCGCUCUCAGCUGGCAGUACCUCAGCGCCUCCGCCACACAGGUGCAGGGCACCGGAGACAUGCAGGGACAGUGAGCCCAGUUACCCUCACCCUUCCUGGGGCAUAUAGACUAAUGAAGCCCCCUUGUGCCCCCUCUGGAGGUCCGGUUCCCCUUUGACUAGAGGAACCUGUUCCCUAUUUGCCGUUUCAUUGUGUCUAUUACAGGACCGUGGACUUCUGAGACUGUGGUGGGGUCCUGGAAACGGGCUCGUCCCUGUAGGUUACCUGAUAGUGAUGUGUGGUAGUCCUUCCUGUGUCUGGAUAAACUGUUUACACACAGUGUUGUGUGGUUCAAUUCACCAGCAUCGAUGAAACACUGAAAACAGUUCAGGGUGUUUUUUUUUUUUUUUUGUCAGUUGAUGUUUGUUGAUUCUGUUUUUCUCCCUUUUUGUUUGAAACUUUUGACCCAUUAUUAGUUUAAAUUUCUCGUUUAAGUUGACAAAGAUGCUGAAAGGCACAAAGCAUGACGAUGCACAUUUUAGGAUUUUGGGGAAACACAGACACCAAACUUCAUUAAGCUUUUGUUGGAUUUAGUCUCACACCCUAUUUUUCUUAUUUCUCUUGUCAAACCUAAGCUAGCUUCGUAAUCCACUUAUUAUGUUUCUGUAGGAGAAACACUGAAAUCUGUGCACUCGACAGCUUUUGCGCUGUAUCUUAGUGUGGGCGGUGUGGAUUUGUUUCAGCACUUUUCUCGGUUCACUCAACUUGCAACUUUGUCUUUUAAAACGGGAGAAAAAAAAUAGGAACAGUGUGCAAUAUCAGGUUAGUUUUAUCCGAUACAGACUGUUUAAAAUGAAUAAGGGAGAGCCAAGAUGUACUGAACAAAUGGAAUUUCUGAUACUUUUGGUAUCAGCACAAAUGCAUCCUGAGACUGCUAGCUAAGUGUCCUUAAUGCAGCUUUGGUGAGUAGAAAGGCUAGCACACAGUAACCUUGUACAGAACCAAAGGAGAGCUACAAACAUUGCUAUGUAAUGUGACAUUCUGAUUUGUACAUAUUUGAACUAAUAAAGAGGUGAAAGAAUCCAAUCCGUGUGAAA